CCGGCUUCCUCGCCAGGUCAAACCCGUCGAAUCUCUCAACCGCAGUAACAGCAGCAGAGUAAGAUUCCCAAUCAGCAUCUCUCUCUACCCAGCCCGCCUGUCUCUCCGCCGAGAUGAGAGCCCCCAUCCCCGACCUCGCCGAGUAUGGAAUCUCGCCCAGGUAUGGUUUCUUGCCGGACGUCUUACCCUUGACGAGGCUCCCGGAUCCCUACUACAACAAGUGGGAGACCGUCGCCGCUAACCUCCAGAACCUGAUUCUGACCCGGCGCCUCCGCGGCAUCAUCGACCACUUGCCCGUCCUCUCCACCGUCGGUCUGGAACAUGACGCCGAGUGGAGGAGGGCCUACAUGCUCCUCACCUUCUUCGCUCACGGCUACAUCUGGGGAGGUGACUCUCCCUGCGAUCGUGUGCCGCCGAGCAUCUCGGUGCCGCUGCUCGACAUCUGCGAGCACCUCGAGGUCCCUCCCGUCUCCACCUACGCCGCUUCGGUCCUGUGGAACUUUAAGCCCCUCUUCAUCGACGAGGGCAUCGACGACCUCGAUAACCUCGCCACCCUGCUGACCUUCACCGGGUCUCUCGACGAGUCCUGGUUCUACCUCGUCUCCGUCGUCAUCGAGGCCCGGGGCGGCCCUAUCAUCCCCCUGAUGCUGGCCGCCAUCGCCGCCGCCCGCCAGGGCGACAGCGCAACCGUGACACGUUGCCUGCGCGCCUUUGCCGAGCGUCUCGACGUCCUCGGCCGCCUCCUGCACCGCAUGCACGAGAACUGCGACCCUGGCUUCUUCUACAACCGCAUCCGCACCUUUCUCGCCGGCAGCAAGAACAUGGCCGAGGCCGGCCUGCCGCGCGGUGUCGUGUACGACGACGGCUCCGGCGACGCGCCCUACGUCCAGUAUAGCGGGCCGAGCAAUGCUCAGAGCAGCCUUAUUCAAUUCUUCGACAUCGUGCUCGGCAUCGAGCACCGCCCGACGGGCGAGCGCCCCGACCCGUCUUCCGAGUCGGAGCGCGAGGGUCGGAGUGCCGUCCCGCAGCACAACUUCAUCCGCGACAUGCGGCGCUAUAUGCCGGGCCCCCACGCGCGCUUCCUCGAAGCCGUUGCCGCCGUCGCCAACAUCCGCGAGUUCGUCGAGGCCCACGCCGUGUCCGAUCCCGCGCUCGGCAUCGCCUACGACGCCUGCCUCGUCAUGCUCCGCGUCUUCCGCGACAUCCACAUCGCCAUCGUCACGCGCUACAUCGUCGUGCCGUCGCGCGAGAAGCGCGCGCGCAGCCGCUCCCGCGGCCCCGUCGAGACCCGUCAGCGCCAGAAUCUCGCGACCGCGUCCCGCAACGAGAAGCAGGGCCGCGUCCGCGGCACCGGUGGCACGGCGUUGAUCCCCUUCCUCAAGCAGGCCCGCGACGAGACGGCGGAACCGUCGAUUGCGCCGUGGGCCCGCAGCUUCUCGAUCCGACAGACGAAGCCGUCGGCGCCCGCCGGCGGCUUCUUCGCGGACACGGAGCGCGACGGCGAUGGUGGCGACAAGUGGGGCACGCUAGAAGAAGAGGAGGAGCAGGCAGAGGAGAGCGGCGACGGCGCACCCGUCGUCGUCGAGCACGGGCUCGCAGGCACCUGGACUAUGAGCGAAGACUACGGCGGCAUCUGCAACUACUGAGAUGCGCGCGAAAGGGUGCUAUCACUACUGGUGACUAUAUACCUAACUUAUAUACCUGCCUAUAGAGCGGUGAUAACAUGCCUACCUAUAGCGCUCCAACAACCCACCUCCAGUCGCAUAUAGGGAAUGCUUACCUAUGAGCAUGCACACUAAAUAUACAUACCUAUUUACUUGUUCUAGCGCUCGCGGCCGUCUGACCAGAUACGCGAGGCUCGGUAGGAGACCUGCAGUGUAUUCCUCCCCCCCCAUCCUCCCCCCACCCUUUCCCCCGGUUUAUGCUAAUCUCACUCCCGGUUACUCGUUACUGUUACCUGCUACCGCUGUUACCGUUAUCGUUACUCCCUGCGUGCGUUUGCAUGUACCUAGGUAUCACAGCAGCGGGAGGCGGCUCCUGUUAGUGCUUACGUCUCUAGCUUUUCUUCUUCGUCUCCUAACGACAUCUCAUUAUCUCGUUUAGAUAGAAUGCGUGACGUUAAAUAUACUUCUCCUGAC